AGUGAUUUUGAACCCGAAUUGGGCCAAGUUUUUGACAGAUUACUUCUUGAAAAAUGCUUCUCAUCAGUCACUAUUUCUCAUCAGCCGUUGCACACCCUACAUGAAAAACCGGAUUCACUAUCAAAUGAACCGGUUGUGCACCUUAGGCGUUGAAUCCCUCAAUCUCUCCCUCCCCCAAGCCCUCUGAGAAUUCUACAUUUCUUCUUCUUUUGCGCUAUGAUUUCCUCUUCUUCUACACUAUGAUUUCCACUUCUUCGUCUGCACUAUGAUUUCUUUUUCUUCUGCACUGAGAUUUCGAUUUUUGCACUGACAUUUCUUCUUCUUCUUCUCUGCAAUUUCAUGAAGCAUGACUAAAACGUACAGGGUGGCGGAACCAACUCAGUGGCUCCUAAGUACAGCAAGGGUAUAGCUUUUAGAGCAUUGAUACCUUUGUGCUGGUACCCAGCGUUGGAGGAGUGCACGUGACUCACACGUCCCUGUGUUGGCUCCACUAGAACCCUAAUAAUCGAAGAGCUGCUGACAGAGGUAAGAGAAAAAUGGCAAAAUCAAAGAACUGCACGGCCCACAACCUAUCCUACAAGGCCCACAAGAAUGGCAUCAAGAAACCCAGAAAGCACAAACACACUUCCACCAAAGGGAUGGAUCCAAAAUUUUUGAGAAACCAAAGGUAUGCAAGAAAGCACAACAACAAGAAUGGUGGUUUUGCAACCGUGGAAGAGUAAAUCAACAUGGGUUGGGAUUCUUUAAAGUUUAGAUAUUGUUGAAAUGGUUUUCAAAUUUUAAUGUGUUGGAAGCUUCUUUCGACCUUUUCAGUUAAUAUUGACUGUGGGUAAGUUUCUGUUUGCAAGACUAGCAAUACAUCUUGUUGGAGGAUUGGUCCCCAGGGUGUUAUUUACUU